AUGCAGUGGGAUAUUCAUGACUUCCCCUCAAGGCCGCGGCUCGGCGGUGUGGACGGCGAGGACUACCAUGACGCGGCCGCCGGCGAGGAGGACGCCCUGCCCGACGUGCCCGACGAGCCCAGCCUGCCCGACGAGCCAUCCGGGGUGUGCCCCGCGGCCUGCAAGUGCCGCUUCGGAGUGCGUCCGCUGCUGGUGGACUGCUCCAACAGAAAGCUGAGCGCCUUCCCGGACCCCACGGAGAUACCGGAAGAGGUGGAGGUCCUGGACCUGUCCGACAACGCCAUCCGCGUGGUGCCGCGCGACCUGCCGGCGUGGGAGCGCCUGCAGGAGCUGUCGCUGGCCGGCAACCAGAUCGCCGCCUUCCCGCCCGGCGCGCUGGUGGGGCUGUCCGCCCUGGAGGCGCUGGACCUGAGCAGGAACAAGAUCGCCAGCCUGCGGCACGUCAAGCCCGACCGCUUCAUCGUCAACAACCCCGUGAUGCAGGUGCUCAACCUGUCCGGCAACGGGAUCCAGGACCUGGGCCACGGCUCGUUCCAGUCGCUGAGCAGCGAGUCGCUGCACGUGCUGGACGUGUCCAAGUGCGCCGUCAGCUCCAUCGACGGCGAGGAGGCGCUGGCCGCGCUGCCGGCGCUGCGCGUGCUGCGCGUGGCCGACAACCCCCUGCAGCAGCUGCCCGUCUUCGCGACCGCCACGGAGCUGCGCGAGCUGGACGCGUCCGGCUGCCGCCUGCGCUCCGUCCCCGCCGGCGUGCUCUCGGCGCUGCCGCAGCUGCAGCACCUCGCCGUCAGCCGCAACCCCGACCUGGCGCACUUCCUGCCGCCCCAGCCGGCCACCCCCAGCCCGCGCGACCCGGACCAGCUGUCGCACCUCUUAAAAAUGCCGGCGCCGUGGUCCGCGACGCUGCAGGUGCUGGAGGCCGAGGAGUGCGCGCUGCACGAGACGUCCUUCCUGGCCACGCUGCCCAACGUGACCGAGGUGCGUCUGCGCGGCAACCGCAUCGCGGCACUCCAGCCCGGCGAGCUGAUGGACAACGCCGUGCUCCAGCACCUGGACCUCGCCGACAACCGCCUCGAGAACCUGCCCGCCGACGCGUUCAAGGGCACCGAGGACAUGCUCAAGGAGCUGGACCUGUCCGGCAACCGGCUGACGGCGCUGCACCCAGAGACGUUCUCGCUGCACUUGGCGCUGCGCUCCCUCAACGUGUCGCGCAACCCCAUCGCGUCGCUGCAGCUGUCGGCGCCCCAGCUGCGCCACCUCGACGCGUCGCACGCCGAGCUGCAGGUGGUGGCCGAGGCCGUGCUGGACGGUAUGCCGCGGCUGCGGCACCUCAACGUGUCCAACAACCCCCUGGCGGCGUUGCCCGAACGCGCCGCGUCGCCCGGCAGCGACCCCGUGCUGCACACGCUGGACGUGUCCUUCUGCAGGCUCACGGACCUCGGCGCCGACUCGCUGGCCGCGCUGGCCGUGCUGCAGACGCUGGACCUGCGGGGGAACCGCUUCACCGACCCCCUCAAGGUCGAGGCGUUCAGCGAGAACGCCAUCCUGCAGACCAUUCGCCUCGGCGACAACCCCUGGCGGUGUGACUGCAGGACCCAGGACUUCCGCGACAUGCUGGACUUCCUGCAGGCGCAGCCCCCCAAGGAAGACCUGCACUCCCUGCUGUGCCACAGCCCCGAGUCGGCGCAGGGCCAGUCCUGGCACGCGGCCUGCCUGGCGCCGGGCGCGGGCUCCAUGGCGUCGCUGGGCACGUGGGUCUUCGUGGCCGUGAUGGUGAUCGGCGUGGCGGCGGUGGCCUUCGGCGUGGGCAUGGCGCGGCGCGUGCGGCGCGGCAAGGCGCGGCGGCGCCGGCAGCACGAGCAGCAGCAGGAGGAGGAGCGGCGCGCCUGCGAGCAGGAGGCGGAGCGGCGACGGCUGCACCGCCGCAUGCAGAUGCAGCAGCAGGAGCAGCUGCGCCGGCAGAACAUGCGGGCGCAGCAAGCGUCGUCCCCGGACGAGCCCGACCCGCACCCGCCGUCCUACGAGGAGGCCAUGUUCAUGGACCGGAUGACGAAGGGCGACGAGGGCCACAGCGACAGCGACAGCGAGGAGGACGAGGCCUUCCACGAGGAGCUGCAGAGAAAGGUCGCGCGCCUGGACUCGGCCGGCAGGGCGACCGACGUCAUCGAGGAGGAGGAGGACGAGCACACGGCGCUAUCAAACGGAAGCGGAGCCAACAACGGCAGCGCGCGCGGCGCGCGCAGCGCCCCCCUCAACACGAGGCUAUGAGGCGGCACGGCCGGGCCAGGGCCGGGCAGGCCCCACCCCGCCACGCCAUCAGCUAGUCAGCAUCACCAAAUCAACACACCUGCUCAUUGCUCAUUGAUUCGCUCCAAUGGCACUCGUUAACCUUUUUGUACUGCUCGACGCUUGGACUGAGUGCGGCGUCCAACGCGGCGCAGAGUGGCGCCGCUGCCCGUCAGCAUGGCUGUCAGCCAACGCCAAACCCGCCACGCUGCCUCGCGGUGGAUCUCACACCAGAUGUGUUUUUGUUAAAAUAAAUAAGACUCCUUUUGUAGAA